CUUCAUGCACGGCGUGUGUCGGGAGGGCAGCCAGUGCCUGUUCUCGCAUGACCUGGCGAACAGCAAGCCGUCCACCAUCUGCAAGUACUACCAGAAGGGCUUCUGCGCCUACGGAACCAGGUGCAGAUACGAUCACACCAGGCCCUCAGCGGCAGCAGGCGGCGCCAUGGGGCCUGUUCCCCACGCCGGGCCUUCCCCAGGCACGCACAGCCCGCACCCUCCUGACCUCGCCACAUCCACCGUGAGAAUGCACGCGCACGAGCCGGGGAAGCGGGAGAAGAGGACGCUGGUUCUCAGAGACCGCAAUCUGUGUGGCGUGACUGAGGAGAAGACGUCCGUGGGCGUGGCGAGUCACCCGGGCGGCUGCAGUGACGCCCAGAUGGGCCUGGAGACCAAGCCGCACUCCUACCUGGACGCCAUCAGGAGCGGGCUGGACGCCGCGGAGGCCGGCGGCUCCUGCGGCGGGGAGCAGCUCUGCCCCUACGCCGCCGCUGGCGAGUGCCGCUUCGGGGACACCUGCGUCUACCUGCACGGGGAUGUGUGUGAGAUCUGCAGGCUGCGCGUGCUGCACCCCUUCGACCCCGAGCAGAGGAAGGCGCACGAGAAGAUGUGCAUGCUGACCUUUGAGCAUGAGAUGGAGAAGGCCUUCGCCUUCCAGGCGAGUCAGGACAAAGUGUGCAGCAUCUGCAUGGAGGUGAUCCUGGAGAAGGCGUCGGCCUCGGAGCGGAGGUUCGGGAUUCUGUCCAACUGCAACCACACCUACUGCUUGUCCUGCAUCCGCCAGUGGCGGUGCGCCAAGCAGUUCGAAAACCCCAUCAUCAAGUCGUGUCCGGAGUGCCGUGUUAUAUCAGAGUUCGUAAUUCCAAGUGUGUAUUGGGUAGAAGAUCAGAAUAAAAAGAACGAGCUGAUCGAGGCUUUCAAACAGGGAAUGGGGAGGAAGGCUUGCAAGUACUUCGAGCAAGGGAAGGGAAGCUGCCCCUUCGGAAGCAAAUGCCUGUACCGCCACGCCUACCCUGAUGGGCGCCUGGCAGAGCCCGAGAAGCCCCGGAAGCAGCUCAGCUCAGAGGGCACCGUGCGGUUCUUCAACUCUGUGCGGCUGUGGGAUUUCAUCGAGAACCGGGAGACGCGGCAGGCACCCGCCACGGAUGACGAUGACGUGGCCGAGCUCGGGGAUCUCUUCAUGCACCUUUCUGGAGUGGAGUCGCCAGAAACCUAGUCAGGGGUGCUCCCGACUUGGCUGUGCCAGGUGCCCGGUGGAGCCCGCAGUGGCGUGGGGCUGGGCCCGAGUGGAGAGCGCCUCCCCUGGCCUUAUCCCACCGCGGGGCAGCUGGGAAGAGCAAAGGGAUAAAAGGGCGUGCGCGUCGCCCCCACGAUCACUAUUUUUAUAGCUGAUUUUAGUUGUCCCUCCGGCCCCCGGGGACCAGCUCGCCCUUCCAACUACUCUGAUUGCUUUGAAAAGAAACCUGGCUCCUGUCCUUUGUGAGUUUUUCUCAGAAGCAGCCACCUGCAGCCACGCAGGAGGCCCGCCAUGGUAACGUCCUGCCGUGAGAAGGCCUUGAACUCCGUGAACGCUGCACACGCCGGCCCGUGGCUCUGGGCCUGUGGAGUGAGGACGUCCCUCUCAUGUCCCAAUUCAGCCACCGUCCACCCUCCGGUGCACGGCAUGGUCCAGGGCAGGCGUGCUGUUUGGCGGGGGGUGGCCAGCACCGCCUGUGGGCUGAGGCCCGCCACACCCGCUCCAUCCAUCCUUCAGCCCUUUUUGUGUGACCCUGGCUUCACUCCAAUGUGUGAAAACUUCACAGCACCCAAGACAGUUUCUGACCGUGACUUGAUUUGAACUGGAGUGCAAACAGACUUGCAAGGCAGAACAUUUAUUCCAAACCUUAGUUUUAUCUAUUUUUGUAAAAAGCCGAAUAUUUUAUAAAGGUGUGGGCUGCGGAUGUCUUACCUGAGUGAGUGUGGAGUGCGUUCCUUGCCAGUUAACUGCAGUCGAGGUUUCAGAAGGAGCAGGCACGGAUGUGGCCCGGCUGAGCCCAUCUCCAGCCGAGCUCUGCACCUGCCUGCGCCGGCAUUUCUACUGGGAAGGGGGUGGGGGGUGUUGUUCCUUUUGAAGGAGCUCGUAGCCAUUACACCUAAACUUAAUUUAUUUUAUUAAAAUAACAUCAUUGAGGAGUCAUCAGAUAACUUGUAUCUUGUCAGACGCAAUAAACAAUUAAUUAAAACCCAAAUCAUUAAGAAAACCUGUAUUUCCUGGCUUUCUCGUAGACGUGACGUGACUGGAGGCAGGGCUGGCCCGUGGCCCGCCCCACAGGGGCAACUCCUGGAAGACAAACUGAGCAGGGUGGGGGGCGGGCGGCUGGGGAGGAGAGGGGGAGGCUGCUCCCAGGUGGGCUGGUGGAGCACCCUGCCUCCCCACGAGGUCCGAUGUGGGUGCCGGAAGGAGGCCGUGUCCCCGAGUCACACUCCUUAGUACCAAAGCAGGCUCCUCCGGGCGGCUGGUGCAGCAGUCCGGGGCUGUUUGGUGCAUUACGUGCAAAACUGGCCAGGCACCACUGUGAAAAGCCCACAUCCACAGCCCCGCGUCCCCGCAGUGGGCUAGACAGUUCCGUGCCCUGGACGUUCGUCUGACAGCCAGAG